AUGGAUCCUCGCCCGUUUCACAUUCUAAGCUACGGCACCCUUUUGGGGACACAGUUCUUCCAGUCUUUUGUCGGAGGCUUUGUUGCUUUCCGUGCUCUUCCGAGGCCCCAGUUCGCCAGCCUGCAGACUGCCAUCUUCCCUAUCUACUUCUCGAUGCAGUCCGCACUUCCCGUAGUAGUUGCCUUGACUGCUUCCCGCGGCGCACAGACACUUGGUCUGUCCGGUCUGAUUGCGCCUGAGCACCGCCUCAACACACUCCUGCCUUUGGCAACCGUGGCUGUGACUGGGUUGGUGAACAUGUUCGUGUUGCGUCCUAUCACCACCAACGUGAUGCGCGAGCGCAAGCGUCAAGAAACCAUUGAUGGAAAGCGGAGCUACGACCCAGCUCCUCACUCCAAGCAGAUGCUGGCCCUGAACAAGAAGUUCGGCCGCGUGCAUGGCAUCUCAAGCCUGGUUAACUUGGUCAGCCUGCUUGCUACGGUCUGGUACGGUGCUGUGCUGAGCAAGACCCUGGAGUAA